AUACAAGCUCAAUCCUACGCUUUACAAGCUUUGGUUUCUUGCGAUGAUAGGGCCACAAGGCUGUUUAGCGAAAUGUCAUUAAACCAUCACCUCUUGAAUGAUUUCGCAGUUGCACUGAAACACCACCAUUUCGAGGAUCCUACCGCUGUCCGAUAAGUUUGCUCACAUCAUCACCACCACCAUCUGUUUCGAGCAGAUGUAGUGGAGCUUCAUCCUCUCCUCUCCUUCCUCCCCCUCCAGUGCACAAACUAGCCCUCCCCAUCAGAGGAGCGCACUGUGCAUCCUCUCACUCACUCCGGACUACAGCGCUGCACCAAACAGGAGAGAAACACUUUUAAGAGACACUAGCAGUUGAUUUUAUUUGAUCUUCAACAACGCGUCGGGGAAUCUUCUGCCCGGUGGCGCGACACGUUUCAGCAUCAUGAACUCUGCGUGCUUCUUCUUGCCUGUUGCUUUCCUUCUGUUGGUCAGUCCUUACCCUUUUGAUGCAGUUUCAACAAGAAGGUGUCAUUCCAUUUACAAGGGCUUUGCUCAGUGUCUCAUGGCUCUGGGUGACAGUCUGACGGACACGGCACGCAAGGAUGAAGAUACACAUGAGAUCCAGUCAAUUUGCAGGUCAUGGGAUGAGUUUCAUGCCUGCGCCAAUGUGGCAAUGGUCGGCUGUCCAGAGGAAGCAGCGAGCGUCUGGGAGUCUCUCCGCCAAGAAUCCAAGAAGAUGCAGUUUUCAGGAAACCUCUACGACAUGUGUUCCAACCGCGACAGUCACACAUUAACCACAGCAUACCCGCGUGGCUCCCACAUCCAAGGAGAGCUCAACCAAGAGUCUCUAAGAGGGCGAGUCAGUCGUUUGGCAGCCACCUACUACCUAAUCAUGCUUCUGUCUCCUCUGAUGUUGCUGUUUUGAACAGAACUGUCUCAAUAGAAUGGGACUGAUGUAAAUAUGACAUGAACUUUGUGCAUUUUCGCCUCCAAAUUUUCUCACUGUCCACCUUUUCCUAAACACCAGAAGAGAAGAAUGCAUGCUUUCUUUCUGAAUUUCAUGAAUCCUAUUUCUUACAGAUUUCAAAAUGACACUGUCGUGAACUGCAACCGUGUAGUUGGGGAAAAAAAAGGCAACCAUAUACUGUAUAUCGCCUGUCUUUAUGCUUUUAUUUGUCCCUUAAAGCUGGUCAAAAGGACAAAGCUAUGACCUGUAUCCAGCAACCUGUUCAAGUUCAUCAAAACAGCAGAUGACAGGGCAAUUGCCUGUUACAAGCUUUUCACUGAAUCUUUUUCAAGACGAACUCCAAGGAUUUUCACAGCCCUUAGAGGGCACAGCUUAUCCUGAUCUUUAAAGGUGCAUGUGUCAGUAUCAAGUACGUAAAGCAUGAUAGGCUAUACCUUAAUUAAACUGCAAGGUUCUUUUCCUUCAUGCUCGGCUCAGCUAUCUAAUACCGAUGAGGUGGGGAUGAGUGUUCCGCUGCAGCCACAAAUUGUCACUGUUCUCCAGAGAUUCCAUGCUUGAUAAGACAGACCCAUUUAUGAGCCAUCGCAUGAAAGUACUGGAUUGAUCGCAUCGAAUCCCCCUGGAAUUUAAAGCUGUCGCACACAUUUGAUCUCACUCAAAACCACAUGCUGUCAAAGGAUGUAAUUAUGCUCUUCACAAUUUGUUGUGACUUAACGUGUUGGUUUAAAGCUAUAGAAUAAGUGUUUUCGACGUACAAUGUUUUCCUGUUCCAAAUAGAAAUUCUCUUUACACAUGUUUGUUUUUUAAUUUAUUAUUAUUUAAAAGUUUAUAGGUCACGAUGGGCGGGCAGUGGGGGUUCGGGUUCCACUCAGUGACGGUGUGAACGUGAGUGUGAAAGGUUUUCUGUCUCUGUGCCAUGCGACGGACUAGCUGGAGCCUAUCCCAGCUGAUUUGUGCUGAGAUAAUAUGUGAUGUGAGGUUAGCAGGCAGGUUUUGGGGAUAUGGGAGCAAGCCAGACUACGUGGAACAAAUCCAGACAGGUGUGGAGAAAACAUAUAAACUCCACACAGAAUGGCCAGUGCUGAGAUUCGAACCCUGAACCUCAGAAGUGCCAGGUAGCAGUGCAAACCACUUGGUUACUGUGCCGCCGACACAUCAAUUAAAAAAUAAAUCCAUUGUAGCACAGUGUGAGGGAUUUUU